GCCCUGCACGGGUGAUAUUGCGCAGAACCCAGGGGGUGCUUGGCGCUCGUCGGGCUCCUCCCCGUCUUCUGCGGCCUCCGAGCUCCGCAUUAUCCUGUGGCCUUCCGCAGAAUGUGGAUGACGCCCAAGAGGAUUAGGAUGGAAGUGGACGAAGCUCUGGUGUUCCGGCCCGAGUGGACCCAGCGUUACUUGGUGGUGGAGCCUGCGGAGGGCGACGGGGCCCUGUGCCUGGUGUGUCGCCGCCUGGUCGCCUCUACUCGGGAACGCGACGUGAGGCGCCACUACGAGGCCGAGCACGAGUUCUACGAACGGUUCGUAGGGGACGAGGAGCGCGCGGCCCUGGUGGAGCGGCUGCGGCAGGGCGACAUGUCAUUGGCCGCCGUGCUCACUCCGGAGGAGAGAGCGACGCGGGCAGGCCUCGGCCUCUGCCGCUUCUUGGCCUUGAAGGGUCGCGGCUGGGCCGAGGGAGACUUCGUACACCAGUGCAUGGAGGUGUUGCUGAGGGAGGUGCUGCCGGAUCACGUCGGCGUCCUGGAAGGCAUUGAUUUGUCUCCGGAGAUCACGCGGCAGAGGAUUCUGAGCAUUGACAGCAAUCUCCGUAGCCAGCUCUUUAAUCGAGCCAGGGACUUUAAGGCCUAUUCUCUUGCCUUGGAUGACCAGGCUUUUGUGGCCUAUGAGAACUACCUCCUGGUCUUCAUCCGUGGCGUUGGCCGCGACCUGGAGGUGCAAGAAGAUCUUCUGACGAUUAUCAACCUGACUCAUCACUUCAGUGUUGGGGCUCUCAUGUCGGCAAUUCUGGAGGCUCUGCAGACAGCGGGACUCAGCUUACAGCGGAUGGUUGGAUUGACCACGACCCACACUUUAAGGAUGAUUGGUGAGAACUCGGGACUGGUCUCCUAUAUGAGAGAAAAGGCUGUGAGCCCCAACUGUUGGAACGUUAUCCACUAUUCGGGAUUCCUCCACUUGGAACUCUUGAGUUCUUACGAUGUUGAUAUUAAUCAGAUCAUAAAUACCAUAUCCGAAUGGGUAGUUAUGAUUAAGACCAGAGGUGUUAGGCGACCGGAGUUUCAGCCUUUACUAACUGAAUCUGAAUCAGAGCAUGGUGAAAGAGUUAAUGGACGGUGUUUGAACAACUGGCUGAGAAGAGGCAAAACGUUAAAACUAAUAUUUUCACUAAGAAAAGAAAUAGAGGCCUUCUUGGUUUCGGUGGGGGCGACAACAGUCCACUUCUCAGACAAGCAGUGGCUUUGUGAUUUUGGCUUCUUGGUGGACAUUAUGGACUAUCUCCGAGAGAUCAGUGAAGAACUCCAGAUGAGUAAAGUGUUUGCUGCCGCCGCCUUUGAACACAUCUGCACCUUUGAGGAUAAGCUGAGUUCACUUCAGAGACAGAUGGACGAAGUAAAUCUAACAGACUUUCCUGCCUUCAGCAUCAUCGUUGAUGAGCUUAGGCAGCAGUUUAAGGAAGAUCAAAAAAUAUUUGAUCCGGACAGAUAUCAAAUGGUGAUCUCCCGCCUACAAAAAGAUUUCGAGAGACAUUUUAAGGACCUCAGGUUCAUUAAAAAGGACUUAGAACUUUUCUCUAAUCCGUUUAGCUUUAAACCUGAAUAUGCGCCCAUUUCAGUAAGAGUGGAGCUAACAAAACUUCAGGGGAGCACUGACCUGUGGAAUGAAUACAGAGUCAAAGACUUGGGACAGUUUUAUGCUGGGCUGUCUGGUGAAGCUUACCCAAUUAUCAAAGGGGUGGCCUAUAAGGUGGCCUCCCUGUUUGAUAGUAACCAAAUCUGUGAUAAGGCCUUUGCGUAUUUAACUCGGAACCAGCACACGUUGAGCCAGCCACUGACGGAUGAGCACCUCCAAGCACUAUUUCGAAUUGCCACAACUGAAAUGGAUCCUCGCUGGGAUGAUCUUGUGAGAGAAAGAAAUGAUUCCUAAGCCUUUGUAGGACAAGAAGAAUUCGACCUGAAGAGGGAAAGUUAGAUUUUCUUUCGCCUUUAUUAAUUUGGAUGGUCGGGAAGCAUUGAACUUAUUACAGAUAUCUAAAUUGAUAAACAUUGAAAUCUUUCUGACAAGUUGCCUUUCCCCAUCUCAUUUGGCAACACGGGACUAAAACAUAAGAAUACCACCUUUAAAAAACUUAGUUUAAUGGAAAAGUCAUUGCCUUUUACUUUUAUGUUGUAACUGGUUUUCAACAAGUUUGGUAUUGGUAUUGUAAGUUGAACUAGAAGUCUGGUUUUAAGAUGUUCUGAAGACAUAUGCCAAAAGUUUCAGCUCUUACUUUGACACAGUGUAAAGAGUAUGAUACAUGGUUUGAAAUUACCAACUCUUUAAAAGUGUCUUUCAGUCAGUUUACAGAAACUCAUAUCAAAUAGGUUUCUGAAAAGGAAAAACAUACACAGUGGAGAUAUUCUGUCUAGCUAACAGAACUUUAAGAUUAUUUUUUAAAGCAUUCUGAGUCAGAAGUAAAUACUGGCAGUUUCAGCCCCCACCCCCACCAACCCAGUUGAUGGUGAAAUUAUGGAUAGAGAAAAAAAAAUCAAAAAUUUGGUUGGAGCAGCAAGAAUUAUUUUAAGAUUCUGAUUUAGGAGGCUUCUUAGAUCAGGAAUUAAGAAUAACUGAUUAUUGGUGGUUUGCUCCUUAUUUUUUCACAACUAGGGGCAAUUUUUUUCAGCUAUCCGAGGACCAUGGUAAGUAUGGACUCUUAACCAUUGCCAAUCAGUAAUUCUUUUUUCUACUCUAGACAGAACUUUGGCCCUAUCAAAACAAUAAGGCGGGGAAGACUUUUACACUUCAGGAUCAGGGUUAUGAGAGGUUUUUGCUUGUUUAUCGGCUAGUAAAUCUAUUAAUGUUUUAUAAUGAAACUAUACUUAAGAGAGACACCUGAUUUUGAAAUGAUGGGUGUCAGGUUUUGUUAGCUUCUGGUAAUAGGUUUCCUCUAGAAUUUAGAACUGUCUUACACAUUUAAUAAUUAAGGCAGUGCUCAAGUAAGAACAUUUAAAUCUCAAGAAGCCGCUUAUCCACAGACUGUAAUAAUUCUUAUUUCCAGAGACGUUGGUUUUGUUCUGUAACGUUACCACACAUGGUGGCUGUGGAAGAGUCAGCCGUGCGGUGUAGCUCAAGGUGGAACCCUGAUCUCAAAGCAGCACCUGAUUCAUAACUCGCCCUCAAGUACAGUCCAAAAGCUGUUGCGCUACUUUCUGUCCUAAAUACUGCGGCACAUUAGCGUGCUGCGCAUUCGAGGAGCCUGAUUACAACUAAGAAUUUAGAAGGAGCUGAUGCCUAAGCCACACGAGCCUAAAAACCAAAGUUAGGUCAGUGGUUCUCAACCCAAGGAAGAAACCCUGGCUCCCAGAGAAUGCUGGGGAGUAUGUAGGGGCACCUUGGUGGGGCAUCAGAAAUAAGGGGCAUCUUAUUUCCUGGAGGGUUUUGCUGGCAUGUAAGCUUAAACAUUUCUCCUUCCUGCGGUGUUCAGACAGCCUGAUGCCAUGAAGAGUCACCUACCCCUCCGAAAGUGCCAGUACCCUCCACCCAAGUAUACAUUACCUUAUUUCAAGCGACAGGGAACUCUCCAGCAGAAGCUGAUGGUGUGCUGGAUAGGGAAGCCUAGUGCCAGCGGCUCACGGGAGAAAAGUGAGGAACAGGUUGACAGUUUGCUUAUCAAAGAAUAAGCUUAAAAACCUGGGAAACAGAUGGAGUCUGCUGGUGGCUUCCCAGUAGCUUUGUGUAUUACCUUUCACAGCAAAUAUCUCAGAUACUUUUACUAUUUGGGAGAAUGAUCGGAGCCCUGAAAGCUGCUGCUUUCACUUUCUAGUCUCCUAAAUGUUAAUAUCUUGUGCAUUCAAGUUCUCAGCGGUUUGCUUAAGGUGAUAAUACAAUUAGUUUGCAUCAUGUAGCCACUGUGUGAGUAUGGGGGAGAUAUAACUAAGCUAAGGAUUUUUUUAAUUGACCCUCAGCAAUAGUUUGCUGUGACUAGUCUUGUUUGUUUGUUUAAGCAGUGGUUCUCAACCUUCAUAAUGCUGCGGCCUUUUUGUACAGUUCCUCAUUUUUUGGUGACUCCCAACCAUAAAAUUAUUUUGUUGUUACUUCAUAACUAUAAUUUGCUACUGUUAUAAAUCGUAAUGUAAAUAUCUGAUAUCCGAGCUCCCUAUAGUCAUGGCCCAUAGGUUGAGAACUGCUGGUUUAAGGUGUUUUGCUGUUUUCUGUAUUUCUGUAAGUAACUGUAGCUGCAUGGCUCUUUUUCUUUCUUUUUUCUUUUUAAAUAUAUAGUUGUCACUAGUCCUGUGGUUUCAGUGAAUAUAGUUAAAAUAAGUGCCAUUUAAGAACAAACUAAAAAACAUCAACUCUUGUGUCCGUAACUGUUCCUUCCAUUUCUCUCAUUCCCACUAGUUCAAAUAUAUGUUUGUCCAGCCUCCCGUAUAACCUUCCAGCCAGAUCACUCACUUUCAGUGUCUUCAGUCUUUUUCCCUCCUGGAAAUGAUCUUAGCAUUGCCCAGACACCACCUCCAGUGAGAGCAGUCACCUUUUCCUAAAGUAUGCCUGCCUUGUUGCUUUCUUUGCUUUUUUUUUUUUUUAGCCUUCCUAUUCGCCCUUGCUUCAUUUCCCUACACUACUUCCUUAGUUGCUCUCUUUCUGUGAUUUCAUUUACCACCUGAAUGCUCAUAUUUCUAAAUUCUUAUCCCCUCCAUUUCCCACUAAAUCCUAGUUACCGAUAUCGCUGACACUGCUCUCUCACAGGCCUUACAACACAUCUUGGCUCUUUCUCCCAAACCUGCUCUUCCCCAGUUUUUCCUUCAGCAGAUGGCUUUACGGUUGCCCUCACCCAAGCCAGAAACUGAAUCAACUCACUCCGCUGCUUUCACCAUUGUUGUCAGAAUAGAUAGAAUACGAACUUCUGUUCAUCUUGCAGAUCUUGGUUCAUAGAUAUCUGAGAAGCUUCAGUGGUGCCCUUUAGGCUGGGUACCCAGCUACACUUGCUGAACAUCCUUGUCCUUUCUACUUAGUGUUUCUUACUGUGUUUUGGUCAUUGCUAAACUGGAACAGUGAAGUCUAACGCGUUGUUUCAUCUCUAAUGAGUAGUGCAAUGCCUGGCAUUUGGAUAAAUGCUUAGGCAAAUAAAUACUUUUGUAUGUGUUUUUUUAAUGAGCUUUGAAACCUUCACAGCCUUCAUUUGACCUUUACAGACAUCCUGCCUGUUCACUGACUAGUUCUUAGCCAUGUAUUAAAAAUUAAGAAAUUAAACUCACCUUAUUUGUGAGUAGGAACUUCAUUAUUGUGUUUCUUGAAUUUAGUGCAGUGCUCAGCAUGUGGUUCAAAUACUAUGUGAAUGUUGUUAAGAAAACAGAUUGUAAUUUACUGUAGUAAAUUAGUAGUGUCAAGAUUCAAACCUAGGUGUACUAUCAAAUCUACUUCAUAGUGUUAAGUAUAUCCAUAAGACAGUCUUUUUAUUUAUUUAUUUAUUUUAAAUUUCCAAAGGAACCUACAUACAGAGGGAAAAGAUUGGAUAACUGCUUAGAUUGAACUGCGUUCAGUAAUCUAAAAAUUACCUUCAGUAUUGGAGAAGGACAAUGCUGCAAAGACUUAAUAUCCAUUUUUCCUUUUGUAGGCAUCAACCCUAGGAGAAAAUGGCAUCCUAUUUAGUAGUUACUUUCCUUUGCAGAUGGUUUCUGGCUCUUCUGGAAUUUAAAAGUAAGUAAACCUAUUUAUGAGAAGGAUGUCUUAGCCCUUUGACUACAAGAUCCUCAGCUCAUUAUUUUUUUUACAUGUGGAGUGCCCAUAUCAUCUCCCAAGGAGAAAACCCUAGAUGAAAUCCAUUUAACAGGGACUCUUUUUAGAUUUGCUGUAUUUCCUGGCUUUCUUGUUUCAUGCUUCUGAAUUUCAUUUCUAGGUAACUGAGACUUUUCAGUCUUAAGUCAGAAAGCCAGACCCUUAGUCUCUUUCAUUAAGCCAUUUUGCCCAAUUUAAGAGAUGAGCUAGUAUCUUUCUCUUAGUUGGACUUAGAGUUUUAGGAAGUCACAUUAACUUAAUUCACUCUGAGGUCUUGGUAGGAGAUACAGCAGUACAGAGAUUGAUCCUUGUUGCAAAACUAGGUUUCCAUCAACCUUUGGGUUAAAGAGUUUCUCAUUUUUAUCUUGUAUUUGAAAAGUUGCUUCAUCCUACACUGUAAGUACUUUAUAAACAUGCUAUCAUUUCUGCCUUGAAACUGACCCAAUACUCAGUUCAUGUCCUAUACAUUUUGUCAAAUGCAGCCAACAGCCACCAAUACCACAAAAUAAUUUUUUCUUCUUUAAUAAAAGGUAGAUGUCUUGUCUCCCAGGUCAUCUCAAGGGGUGCUCCAGGGUAGUUUACUUUUCUAUCUUCCAGUAGCAAUCUUUCUGAAUGCCUCCCAACUAAUCACUAAAUGACAUCUUUAGUCUUUUAGUUCUUCUGGAUCAGGAUUGGUGAGGUUGCUAUGAGGUCAAUUAACUAUGGAAGUUUAGUGUCUCAACAACUUGUCUGUGGCACUUGUCACAUGGGGAGGGGCUGGUAGACUACAGCCCGAGUCUGUCCUGAGGAAGGGUUUUGGGAAUACAGCCAUGUUCACUGUGGACUGCCAUGGCUGCUUCCCUCUUCACUCGCAGAGUUGACUAGUUAAGACACAGGGUGUGACACAAGCUAAAAUACUUCAUAGAAAAGUUCACUAAUUCCUGCUUCAAAUUGCCCCUGUCCUGGAGCUCAGGACAAAGCAGAUACUCAUUAGGAGUUGGCUGCUCACUUUGGGGAGUGAGAAGAGAAAGUUUGGCAGAUAACGGAGGCUCUGAAAGCCCGCAGCCACACCAGAGUUGAAGGAGAAGUGCGAUCCAUCCAUACAGCUGGGAGGAAAAUGAACUAUUCGGAAGAGAACACUCUGGUUAUGGUAGUUCUGUGCCCCUAGUUCUGCCUGUGCUUUUCAUUGAGAUAAAAGUUUACAAGUAUUAAGUGUCCAACUCAGUGGGGUUUUUAUAAUCGCCUGUGAAUGCACCGCUCAGAUCAAGGUAUAAAGAUUUCUGUCCCUCCAGUAGGCGCCCUUUGCCUCUCACACCGAGAGAGAUGUUGGUCUGACCCUUAUUGCCCGUAGUUUUGCCUGUUUUAAAUCUAUAUCAAGUGGAAUUAUAUACAUUUUUUGUAUCUUUUGUUCUCUCUAUGUCUGCUAUAGUAAUCCGUGUUAUGGACUGUAAGAUUUCACUUCUCACUUCUGUGUCGUAGUCCAUUCGUUGGACCAGCUAACCCAUUCAAUGUUGAUGAGUAUUUGGAUCAUUUCCAAUUUGUGGUCAUUAUGAAUAAAGUUGCUAUUAAAAGCC